AUGUCAAUGUCGUGGGGAUCUGCGACCCCAACCAUCAAGCACAUCAAGGCUGCGAAUAAGGUGAUCAGCGAACUGCACAAGACAAUGGAUGUGAUUCUGCGGAUCCUCCCGAUUCUGGCUGAAGAAGGCAUCUUCAUAAGUAUCUCAGAUGCCUCCCUGGCGAACGACGACGAGAAGUCACAAAGCGGCUACAUCGUCAGCUUUGUCAAGCGCUCGAUCAUGGAUGGCGAGCUGGCACCAAUGAGCAUCCUCUGCUGGCGAAGCCACAAGCUUCGAAGAGUUGUGAAAGCUUCACUUGGAUCAGAGGCCUUGGCGAUGGAUGAUGGGAUGAGUGAACUGGAGUGGCUUCGGGCAAUGUAUGCCGAAGUCUGCGUUCCAGAGGCAGCUGUGACGGAUGCCGCUCGUUACGGACCUCGAGAUGAAUCAGUGACAAUCAGUGGUGGCCGUCAGCUGGAGGACAAGCCUGGGAUUUGGUCUCUGGGAAGUCGCCAUCCGCAAAUCCAUCCGAGUGCCUAUGUGGCUCCUGGAGCCUCCAUCAUUGGGACGGUUACUCUGAGGAAAGAUGCGAGUGUGUGGUUCAAUUGUACCCUGCGAGGAGACAAUGAAGUAAUCACAAUCGGCGAAGGCUCUGACAUUCAGGACAACUCGGUGCUGCAUUGCGAUCCUGGCAAGCCACUGGUCGUGGGGAGGAAUUGCCUGGUCGGACAUCAGGUUUGCCUACAUGGAUGCCGAAUAGGAGAGAACUGCCUUAUUGGAAUGAGGACCACAAUCUUGGAUAAUGUCGUUAUUGGCAGUAACUGCUUUGUUGCUGCAGGCUCCUUCAUUGGCGAGGGGAGAAGCUUUCCAGACAAUUCUCUCAUUGGUGGCAACCCUGCAAAGCGGAUAGCGGAUUUGGAAACAGACCCGGCGAAGAUGGCGGCAGUCAUGAAUGCAGCAAGCAGUAAAGGCCUUGCGGCAAAUCGUCCCGAAGCGCCGGCGGGCUAUGUGGAGAACAAGGAGCGGUAUACGAAAGACUUGAACUUGUCGAGCUCCCUUUGUGUCGGUUCUUGCAUCAUCAUCCGGUCGGCCUGUGAUGCUUGGCAGCCAGUUCUCACUGGUGCGGUUUUCAAUUUGGUCAAUGGAGACAAGCACGAGGUUGAGCGGGAGUCCCAUUUUCUGCACUUCCUGUGCAGCUGGACCUUCGGAUGCUCUGGACGCCUACCGUUGGCGCGCUCGGUGAUUCUGGGCCUCAUGCUUGCCGCUGUGGUGCAGGGUGUGGCCAGGGUGAUUGGCGAUGGUGUCAAGAAGGAGAUGCGGAACAGGCAGAACAGCGAAAUGCGUGCAGCGAUGUUCGAGCACUUGCUCGCGCAGGACCAGGCUCUCUACGACACGUUACGGCAGCGUGACCUGGUCCGAAAGGUGGAGCUGAGGGCGCUCAGCGAGGUGACGGAGUGGGUAUGGGGGAUGACUGCGGAUACCGUCAAGCUUGCCACUCAGAUGAUCUUUCUUUUUGCAAUUUCGCCGUUGAUGACGCCCGGGGCCCAGUCUGGCAAUCUUGCCUCGUCGCGUCGCUUCAAAGGCC